UCGUUGACCUCGUAGCUACGACGGACAGCGGUUUCAGCAAGGGAGAGCAGCCUGAAAUCUAAGGCCCCGCAUCCUUGCCUUCACUUGUGGCUCGAUCUGUCUUCUCCCUGUUUCCCAGCGCACAGUUUCUGGAUUGCGGAGAACGUUGUCUACCCAUAGAAUUAGAGAUCGUCGCUUCUCAUCGUCAUGGCGUCCCUGAAUAUGAAUGGCACAUUGCCCGAGCUGGCUGAGCAACAGCCCGAGGACCCUAUCCCGGAGUCCCGGAUCCUCAUCAUCAUGACUGGUGGUACGAUCUGUAUGCGACCAUCGCCGUCGGGAUUUGUGCCAGCCAGAGGAUUCCAGGAGCAAUGCCUGGCCCGGGUGCCUACGUUCAACGACGGCUCGCACUCAAGUAUGAUGAACGUGGUUAUCAACGCCGCCGGAGAAGUCAAAGGCCAUUCAUCCCUCCGCACCCCACCGACAGCCUAUGGGCGACGGGUGCGAUACACCGUCUUAGAGUUCGAAGAGCUCCUCGACAGCAGUUCUAUCGACGCGAAGGGUUGGGCUGAGAUCGCUCGGACUGUCGAGCGGAAUUACACGCUUUUCGAUGGAUUCGUCGUUCUCCACGGCACGGACAGUCUGGCAUACACAUGCUCGGCUCUCAGCUUCAUGCUGCAAAAUCUCGGCAAGCCCGUGAUUCUCACGGGUGCACAGGCUCCCAUGCUUGAGCUGCAGAAUGAUGCCACAGAUAACCUCCUCGGAUCACUGGUUGUGGCUGGCCACUUCAUGAUUCCCGAGGUGUGCCUAUAUUUCAACAACAGACUGUUCCGUGGUAAUCGGUCGAUCAAGGUUGCAGCCAGUGAUUUCGCUGCCUUUGACUCACCAAAUUGUCCUCCACUGGCCGUGACGACCUCCAUGCGCACCAACGUCAACUGGGAGCUGGUCAACCGGCCCAGGAGCCUCGAGCAUUUCCGGAUUCAAACCAACCUGGACACCACUCACGUCGCGUGUCUUCGUAUCUUCCCUGGUAUCAAGCCGGAGAUGGUUGAUGCCGUGCUGAAGCUGGAGGGGCUCCGUGGUCUAGUGUUGGAGACGUUUGGCGCCGGCAACGCACCCAGUGGCCAGGACAAUGCCAUGACCAACGUGCUGGCAGCCGCUAUCAAGAGAGGUAUCGUGAUCGUGAAUGUCACGCAAUGUCUGACGGGAAGUGUCAGUCCGGUCUAUGCCCCGGGCAUGAGCCUCUCGCGAGCCGGUGUCGUCGCAGGACUCGACCUGACUACCGAAGCUGCACUGACCAAGCUGGCGUACCUCCUGGCUCUUCCUGAUUCUACCCCCGACUGGGUGGCGAAGCAGAUGGCUGUCUCUCUUCGCGGGGAAUUGACGGAGGUGUCACAACCGGUCUUCCGUCACCCGGACGGGGCGCUCCCAGAACGCGUUCAGUCCCUCACUGUGCUGGGAUACGCCAUCGCGCAGGGCGAUCUCGACCGCGUGCAGGAGAUCGUAGCCAGAGAACACCAUUGGCUCUUGAACGACGCCGACUACUCAGGCAACACACCUAUCCAUACCCGACCACCCACAGCAUCUUGCGGCGACAUCCCAGUCCAUUGACAUUCUCCGAUACCUGCUGCUUCAGGGUGGUUCUGUCCACUUGCGGAACCGCAAUGGCCGCACGCCGCUGUUCCUGGCCGCCA